GGGUUAAUGUUGACUUGGGUCCGAGGUGCUGUGCGAUUGGUCCAGCAGAAACUUGUUUGUAAUAUACCGAGACGAGGCAUCUCUCAGAAUCAACCACUUAGGAUGAGAUUCGUUCAGUUCCAGACAGCCACCUCUGCAGGCCAGAGAAUUGGUGUGGAGCUGGAUGGGGAAAAGAUCAUUGACCUAAAUUCAUUUGAUUCUUCAUUACCUCCUACAAUGAGAGAGUUUCUAGAAGCUGGAGACGUGGCCUUUCAGACAGCAAAGAGAGCUUUGGACUCGGGUCAACACAUUUUGAGCCGCGAUGGGCUUACUAUUUUGGCUCCGAUCACCAACCCAGACAAAGUUGUUUGUGUCGGGAUGAAUUAUUGGACCACUGCCUGGAGCAGAAUGUUCCUGUUCCUAAAGAGCCCAUCAUCUUCAGCAAGUUCCCCAGCUCAAUCAUCGGCCCGUAUGACUCUAUUGUCCUUCCGCCUGAAAGCAAGGAAGUGGACUGGGAGGUUGAAUUAGCCUUCGUUAUUGGAAAAAGGGGGAAAAACAUUAAGGAGGAAGAUGCAAUGAAGCAUGUUGCCGGGUUUACUGUUGCUCAUGACGUCAGUGCCCGUGACUGGCAGAUGAAGAAGAAUGGCAAGCAGUGGCUGCUGAGUAAAACAUUUGACACAUUCUGUCCACUUGGGCCAGCACUGGUUAGUAAAGACUCCAUUUCAGACCCUCAUGGACUUGGAAUUCGCUGUCGAGUGAAUGGGAACCUCGUCCAGGACAGUAACACAAACCAGAUGGUCUUCAAGACACAGAGUCUCAUAGCCUGGGUCUCCAAAUUUGUCACCCUUUAUCCAGGAGAUGUAUUUCUAACUGGGACCCCCCCUGGAGUGGGUGUAUUCAGAAAGCCUCCAAUAUUCCUAAAGAGGAGAGAUGUGGUGGAGUGUGAAAUUGAUGAGCUGGGAGUGAUCAAAAACCCUGUGAUGUGA